AUUCGGCUGCCUCCAGAAGUCAAUCGGAUUCUGUAUAUUAGGAACCUGCCAUAUAAAAUUACAGCGGAGGAAAUGUAUGAUAUUUUUGGGAAAUACGGGCCUAUUCGACAAAUCAGAGUUGGAAACACUCCUGAAACUAGAGGAACAGCGUAUGUGGUCUAUGAAGACAUCUUUGAUGCCAAAAACGCUUGUGAUCACCUGUCAGGAUUCAACGUGUGCAACAGAUACCUUGUCGUUUUGUACUAUAAUGCAAACAGGGCAUUCCAAAAGAUGGACACAAAGAAGAAAGAGGAACAGCUUAAGCUUCUCAAGGAAAAAUACGGAAUUAAUACAGACCCACCAAAAUAAACUGAUCAUUUUGGAAAACUGUUUGCAAGCCCUGCCAUUGAGUUCUUGGACUAAACAUAGGAAUUCUCAAUGAAGUAUAACUUUUUUUUUUU